GAUGUGGUGCAGGAGGCUGGUGGGUCUGCUGGAGAUGCCAGGAUGGCUGAGGGGAGGCACUGCACAAUGCCCACCCUGGAUGCCCCAUCACAGGAGGACCACCCUCGCUGCUGCAGCUCACUGGCACCACACUGCCCCAGAGUCCCUCAAGUGUGCCUGGCAGUUACAUGGUGACCAUCUAGAGCUGAGGUACAGGGACACCCUGAUGCGCUUCGACUUCGUCUGGCUGCGGGACCACUGCCGCUCCGCCUCCUGCUACAACGCCAAGACCAACCAGCGCAGCCUGGACACGGCCAGCGUGGAUCUGGCCAUCAGACCCCAGGCUGUUCGAGUGGAUGAGACCACCCUCUUCCUCACCUGGCCCGACGGGCACGUGACGCGCUACGGGCUGGAGUGGCUGGUGAGGAACAGCUACGAGGGGCAGAAGCAGCAGGUGAUGCACCCCAGGAUCCUCUGGAACGCGGACGUCUACCGGCGCGCCCAGGUGCCCUCCGUGGACUGCCGCAGCUUCCUGCAGACCGACGAGGGGCUGAAGGAGUUCCUGCGCAGCUUCCUGCUCUACGGCAUCGCCUUCGUGGAGAACGUGGCUCCCACCCAGGCCGACACCGAGACCCUGGCGAGGAGGGUCAGCCUCAUCAGGGAGACCAUUUAUGGCAGGAUGUGGUACUUCACCUCUGACUUCUCUCGGGGAGACACUGCCUACACCAAGCUGGCUCUGGACCGGCACACCGACACCACCUACUUCCAGGAGCCCUGUGGCAUCCAAGUGUUCCACUGCCUGAAGCACGAGGGCACGGGUGGGAGGACCCUGCUGGUGGACGGCUUCUACGCAGCAGAGCAGGUUCUGAGACGAGCUCCUGAGCAGUUUGAGCUGCUCAGCAAGGUGCCCUUGAAGCAUGAGUACGUGGAGAACGUGGGAGACUGCCACAACCACAUGAUUGGAGUGGGGCCUGUCCUCAAUGUCUACCCCUGGAACAACGAGCUGUACCUCAUCAGGUACAACAACUACGACCGAGCCGUCAUCAACACGGUGCCUUACGACGUGGUUCACCGCUGGUACGCCGCCCACCGCACCCUCACCGCCGAGCUCAGGAGGCCAGAGAAUGAACUCUGGGUCAAGCUGAAGCCAGGCAAGGCCCUGUUUGUGGACAACUGGCGUGUCCUGCACGGGCGGGAAGCCUUCACCGGCUACCGGCAGCUCUGCGGCUGCUACCUGACCAGGGACGACGUGCUGAACACUGCCCGCCUGCUGGGGCUGCAGGCCUAGCCCAGCC